CGAUCUCUCGAGUCUCCCCACUCUCCUUUGCUUUCCUGUAAAAGACAAUGUAAAAAAGCGAUUAACAAUCAUAUCUCACUCACAUUGGUCGAUAUCCGACACGGCAAUUGGCUCUCCAUUCUUUUGAAAUAUGAUGUCAUAAAUAUAUCAGUGAUCGCUGAGCACAUGAGAUAUGACUUUGUCCACGAAACCUCAUGGAAUCUCUAACCCAAGCCCGGAACCCGCUUUUGGCCCUCAAUUUGCUCGUGGUGCUGGUAUGUUUCGGGGUGGAACAGAUCCACGCCGUUCCAAUUCAAAAUGAACGGAUCCAAGUGGACAGACUUUUGCAACUUCUUCAAGAUGCCAGAAAACCCGCCCAAGACGCUAACAAUGGUUGGACAAAAAUCACGGAAGAUGAUGUUCUGGAUGUCAUGUUGGGUUUGGAUCCGCAAUCUAAAGAUUCCGUGAAUGACCAAGGACAGAUCAUUGACCCUUCUUCCAAAGUUGAAACCCCAGGCUUACUCCAAGAUCGCUUUUUGAACACGCCUUCAUUGGCGGUGUACGCUCCUCUUCCCAACGUCUCCAUCACCACGUUCAAACCAACUCUCCAAAUCGGCCAAGACUCUGAACCACAAAUGACGAACUCUCCAUGGAAUCGAACUUUAUCUCAAGCUAACGGUCCACAAGAUCCGCAAGAUCCGAGUUUCUCAAUUUUUCAUGAUGUACGCAAUCUAGGUAUCACCCAAUUUGACCAAGAAAAAUGCCUUUGUGGUGUGGACGUUUUAAGACCUCAUUCCUUACUUAAUCAUCGGCAUGAGUCGCAGACAGAAUUCACUUCAAUCGCCGCAAGAACUCAGAAACCUUGGACCGCCGUGAUCGUUUCGAAGGCAUGGAAUCAAGAGGUCCGGCGAUGUGAGGGAUCAUUGAUCAAUCAUCACUUUGUGCUGUCUUCGGUGAACUGUCUCUGUGGGCAAUCGAACCGGAUUUUAUCCGCUCUUUGUCGUGAUCCCGAGAAAUCUGUCAUUGACAUUUAUCCCACCUCUCUGCAACAAUUCGAUGUGUUUCUCGGAAGAGCUGAGAACGGAAAACCCAGAGAAAGGUACACUGGAACCAGAGUCGUCAUUCCAAAGGGCAUGCUGACCUUUGGACUGGUCAAGGACGAUGUAGCCCUCCUCCGGGUUGACCCUUACGUGACCUUCAACGACAACUUGAUGCCCAUUUGUUUGGACGGCUCGCUCCUGGAAGUUGCCCGACUGAAUCCCUCUCGAAUCUCCAUGGAUGAACCCUUCGCUCCAGUGCCUGAGUUAUUAUCGAACCAAAUUUGCACCACCGACGGUCGACUUCCCAAACGAUUCCACCAUUGUGCCAGCCAGUGUCAAGGAACCACUCCUCCCAGUGAACAAGAUGCGUUUUGUUCCCGGUUUUGGAACGAACUGAAAGCAGAUUACACUUGGGAUCCGGACUCAAGUCCACGGACCACGUUCAUUGUGGAACAAAGCGGAGCAGUGGAUCAAGUUUGUUUUCCUCAACAAUCAGCUCGAUCCCAAUUGGGUUGGUGUCGAGUGAAACAUGCGGAUUCAACUCUCGAUUAUUCCCAGGGAAAUGAUUGGGGAUUUUGCUCCGAGAACUGCGACGAGACUCUUGGUUUUGAGUCCAAAGAUGAUCGCAAUCCUCGGGAUGUGCUUCUGGAGAUUCAGGAUAUAGCAUAUUGUCAAAGAUUAGGAGAUUUCAAAGACAAAUCCGAGUUCUGUGCCGGGGAUCUAAUUCUACCCGAAGUAAAGCGAUAUCGUUGGAUUCCAAAUCAAGGAUUGGAAGAGCUCACCGUCUCAGAAAAGGAUUAUCUGCCAUUCUUGGGAGGCUUUGCCACAUGCCAGGAUUUCAUUGGAGGCGGCCCAGCUUGGCAGUGGACCAAAAUCAGUGGAGAAGCCCUACAAAUUAGGGCCAUUCAAGUGGGCGUGGCCAGUCGGAGCUUGGGCUGUUGUCCUGCACAUAACCCGACGGUAUUCCUCAAAAUUGGUGAAAGAAGAGAAUGGGUAUUGGAACAAAGUCAAUCCGGAGGAUGCCAGAACUACGCUUGAGCAAACAAAUCGAGUAAAAUUUUGAAAGACCAAGUAAAAUCACGAUGGUUA